AUGGAAGAGAUAUCGGGUUCUGCAACAGCAAUAAACUCUUCGAAUAUAGGAUUUCAGCUACUGAAGAAGCAAGGUUGGAAAGAAGGGACUGGUCUUGGAGUAUCCGAACAGGGUAGGUUAGAACCUGUGGAAACUUGUGUGAAGAAUAAUAAACGUGGUUUGGGAGCAGAUAAAGUGAAGAAAAAGGCUGUGAAAGUAAAACCGGAUCAUAGCGACUCCUCUAAAGGGAGCAAUCAACAGGAUCAUUUACCUCAAAAGAAAGCCAAAACAUAUUCUAAACGGACGAGAAAGAUGCAGGAGCUUGAAAAGAAGAUGCAAGAGAAGGAAUUUGAGCGCGCUUUUUUCAGAGAAUUCUGGCCAGAGAAUGUGUAA